GAAUCUAUUUACUUUGUAAGGUCAAAAGUUCAACUUAGGAUAAGCGGAGCACGUGAUAUGUUUACGGAUUUCAUUAGUGGAGUGUGAUUCGCAAGGACAAACAGCUGACCGUUUAAUAUCUAGUAAAUUUCUGCAACCAAGAGUGCCAGCAUGUCUUCUGAGGGUGCCAGUAAGCCAGAGGGCAAGACCGUGUGCAUCGCCAUCGAUGGCAGUGAGACAGCCAAAUACGCCCUCGACUGGUACGUGAAAAACGUGCACAGACCGGAUGACAACAUCAUCCUCGUUCACGCCGUUGAGCUCAACGAGAUCCUCCACAACCAACAAUGGUACUCGUCUCCCUAUACGUUUGACAAAGAUGUCCUUUUUACUCUGCUGGAAGACGAGAAACGUAAGAUCACACACAAAUUAGAAGCAUUCGCCGUCCUUCUCAAGGAACGACAGUUGGCAGGGUCGGUGAAGAGCGCUCACGCCAGUAGCCCGGGGGAGGGGAUUAUAAAGGCUGCCGUGGAGAAUAACGCAACCCUUAUAGUGACAGGGACCAGGGGGAUGGGCUCCAUUCGGCGGACCUUCCUAGGCAGCGUCAGUGACUACAUACUCCACCACAGUCCAGUACCAGUAAUUGUCUGUCACAAGCCUUAACCUGGCUUCCUGUCAGGAGAUCGGAACACUUCUUCUUUUCCGAGUCGGUGUGUCCCGAAUGUAUAUAGACUAAAAAUCGCAACAUCUCGGGGAGAUUUCCGGCAAUCUUACAAAAAAUCAUUUUUACCGCAUUACCGAUUCUCCGAGACGUUGCGAUUUAUAUUACUCCUCACUGUAUAUGGACAAAUUUGUAUUAUUCAGUUCCGAAGCUUUGAUUCCGAGCUUCUGUUAGGCACCAAGCGCAAACUGUUGCCUGCAGUAUCAAGUGAUGGCAGUCAAUUUCCUCAGGUGAUAAUCGUUUUUAUGUAUGUGCAGUGUGUUAAAAAAUGUACAUGCUGUAAUCGGGCCCUGUGUUGUGCGAUUUAAUCUACUAGAACACUUAAUGUAAUUUCAUGAUCAUUUCGUGCAUUUUGUCUCCCGGUAAUGUUAAAUAGUAUUGCUUUACUCCGUAAAGUCAUAACAGUCUAUGCUUGAUUUAAAAAAUAGACGUUACUUUAUAAAUGUUUCAUUAAAUCUCUGAUAAUAAUUAAAAACGCUUUUCUGUUGUUCCGUCAUAGAAAAUACAAUUCAGAUAUUAGUGUUAAAAAUGUCCGAAAUUUCUUCUUGAAUGGAGUACGGAUGCUCUCCCAAAACGCAUUAAAAUAGGCUGCUGUUUUUUUCUUUUUAUAAAGACUACAACAGCGAUUUUAUACAGCCAAUCAGAUACUUCUGCUACUGGCUAUCAUAAUCAGGUAUUGGAAGUGAACUAUAGUCACGAUAGAGUUAUCGUCCC